AUGUCUGUUUCAAUUGCAACCGAAAAGGCCGUUGGGCCAAAGAUUGUAGACAAAAGCCGAAGCAGCCAGGCAGAGAGCGAAACCGACGACCGCCCGGACGGCCCCAGAAUGGAAAGGUUGACAACGCCACAACAAAGGCCAUCGUUCGCGGAGAUUCUUUCCUACAGUCGAUUGGAUAUGAACACUUUGCUGCAACAAUUCACCGUCGAUGGCACUGAUAUCAAGAUCAACUGCAUGCAGGAGUUGAUCAAAUGGGCACCGUACGUCUUCGGAUUUGAUCUUCCUCGAGCUCCCCAUGGAUAUGAAUUCACCCCAGACAUCGCCGUCGUGAUCGAGGAGUUCCGCCUCCUCCAUUCAUUUCCGCCCGGAGGCGCCACUCUACAUAUGUCCAAGUAUAGCAGUGUCCUCUUCACUGCCGCAUCCAUAAUCCCACGGCCCAUUGUCUUACCAGCAUCGUUAAUCGUGCCGCUUACUUUCAAGAGCCUUCGGCUGAUGUACCACAAUAUCCUCAUUAGUGCCGACGGUACUCACAGCUCUGUCCGAACUUGCCGCGAUACUAGCUCCCGGCAGACCGAGCCCGAAACGCUGCCGGCGGCCUAA